UCAACAUGAACCCUUUGGUUCUCUUCUUGGGUCAAUAAAACACAUUUGAAUUUGCACCAGCAAAGAGAUGAAGCUUCUGCUAACCGUCACUGCCGCGAUUCUAUUGGUGAAGAUAUCGACGGCAUUGCAUCGCAAGUUGCGGAUCGCUCGCGGUCUGGCACCACUAAGCGGACCAUCGGGCGUUUGGUUAUUGGGAAAUAUGCCGGCAUACAUCAAGAACCGUCGUCGUAUCUACCACUUCUUGGAGGAGCUGCUGAAGCAGCACGGGGGUAGGAUGAAGAUGCCGUGGCACCUAUUCUUCGACGGGGCCAUCUACGUAAGCAAGUCAUAGUUAGAAAUGCUGGAAUAAUUCUAAUGAUUCUAAUGAUAUUGGUUCUGGGAACAGAUCACGGAUCCCAAAGACGUUCAGCACAUUUUAUCGACCAAUGUCAGCAACUACGUGAAGCCACAAGGAUUCCUGGACGCAUUUCAGGAGGUCUUUGCGAACUCGUUUUUUGCUAUGAACCACCACGCUCAAGCACCUGAUGGAGGAGCUGGCUGGCGGCUACAGCGCAAGGUGGCUGCCAAGGUGUUCACUACCGCCAAUUUCCGUGUGUUUACCGAAAAAAUCUUUGCACGUCAUGCAGAGGAGACACUCAAUGCUGCACAAACUGAAUCAUUCAAGGCUGCAGCACGAGAUGGAAACCAAUCCGCUGACGGAAGCUUCUGCUGCGAUAUACAAGAGAUCAGUGCGAGAUACACUUUGCAGUCCAUCUUCGACGUCGCGUUUGGUCUGCCGUUGAGCGACGUCGCGAUUGCAGAAGAUUUUGCCAAGCACAUGAGCUUCGUCAACGAGCACUGUGCAGAGCGGUUGUUUGUGAAGCAAUACUAUAAAGUUCUUCGUUGGAUUAUGCCAAGUGAGCGAGAGCUCCGGUGGAGUACACGCGAGAUUCGAGCAGUGGCUGAUGCUGUUUUGCUUCGACGUCUGGGAGAAUCCGAAGCAGAAAUCAAGGCUCGAUCAGAUCUGUUGUCACUGUUUAUAUGCAAGUCUCGAGAGCUUGCCGCUAACGAUCAAUGUGGAACGGACGCUUCAUCAUUAUUGGGACCCGAGACUCUCCGAUCCAUCAUCUUGACGUUCGUCUUUGCUGGUCGAGAUACGACGGCUGAAUGCCUCACAUACAGCUUUUACGCCAUCGCUAGACACCCGAAAGUUCAGAAACGAAUUGCCGAGGAGCUCGAGACUGCAAUAUCAAGCACCUCAACACCAUUCACGUUCGAAGAUGUGAAAAACAUGAAAUAUCUCGAAGCUGUAGUUUAUGAAGCGGUGCGGUUGUAUCCAGCACUCCCAUAUAACGUUAAAAGCGCGGUCAAGGACGACUACCUGCCUGAUGGCACCUUCGUGCCUGCAGGUGUUGACAUCGUCUACAGUCCGUGGUUUAUGGGGCGCAAUGGCGCGUUUUGGGGUGACAACCCGUUAGAGUUCCGUCCCGAACGCUGGUUGGAGAUGACCAAGCGUCCCAGUGCGUUCGAGUUUCCAGCUUUUCAAGCUGGCCCACGUAUAUGCCUCGGUAUGAACAUGGCCGUACUGGAAGCUAAGCUCUUCCUCGCCACCACGCUGCGCCGUUUCCACAUUGCAAUUGCACCUGGAGAGAAGCACGAUCGUGGUUAUGUGUUGAAGUCGGGUCUCUUCAUGGACGGUGGACUACCGCUACAACUGACCCCACGACCCCAGCGCGCGGCAUCAGCGUAGAGUAGUAGAAAGUCAGCACAGUAGCGUCGACAAGAACGGCUAGCGAUGUCAGUAGGCAGAUAGCUUUCGUCUUGGUCAAUGGAAAUCCCAUUACUUCAAGUAUGGAAUUAUUUAUUCACUGA